CGUUUUCCAUUGAUGCUGUGCAACAAUGCGAAUGAAACUUGUGAAACUCUGCUCAUUUUCUUGUGAAUUAUUAUUAGUAUCUCUUCUGAUCCUUGCGCGGUUUCAUCUGCACGCAAUUCGAAAUCCUGUUCUCAUUGAACACGUUGUGCGCUAGUUGUAGGAAGAAAUGGCUUCUGGUGAUUCAAAAAUUGCUCCCGGCGAUGUGGUUUGCACCAGUUUCAAUGGAUUUGUAACCGUAUUCAACACACAUUUGGAUGCAUCUGGGACGCGUGAAACGUUCAGGAAGGAAUUGAGCGAGGCGCCGGAUUUGCUCAAAGCAUAUCGUCGCGUCAAAGACAUCCCGGUUGUGCCAAAAAUUAAGGUUCUUCCGUCAACUUUCACCAAAGAUUCGUCAAGGGCGGAGCAAUUGAAAUCCGACGGCGAAGCGGCUUUGAAAAUGGAGGACUUCAAACUGGCGUUGGUCAAAUUCAAUGGGGCCGUUCUGCACGCGAAAAGCAACGUCGUUUUAGCAGAUAUUUACUUGCGUAGAGCGAAGACCUUGUUUUGCAUGAAAGAUUACCUGGGUUGCCUGGAGAAUAUUUCUAUGUCUUCGAAUAUCAAUCCAGAACUUUCUGGACGGGAAGACUUGAUGAAAAUGAGGGAGGACGCUUCUAAAUUCUUACAAGAAGAUGGCAUUCAAGACCCACCAUCAAGCCACGUGGCAUUGUAUGAAGGAGGAGGUGAAUCAACAACCUGUGCUUUGUCAAGUAAAGUUGAAGUCGAGUAUUCAGAAACGAAAGGGCAUCAUAUGCUGGUUCGGUCACCGAUUGACGUAGGUGAAAACCUAGGGGAUGAGUCCCCAACAGCCGCGAUUUUAUAUCCAAGAUUUUGGGAAGAUCAUUGCCAACAUUGCAUGAAAUGGGCCAAAACUCCCACUCCGUGUUCAGAAUGCGCAGCCGUUGCUUAUUGUAGCCAAGGUUGUUUGAACAUGGACCAAGCCAAGCAUUCCCUCGAAUGUGCCGUGAUGUAUAAUCUUCUUGGGAACGAAGUCGGAGAUGCCUUGAUCCAUCUGGGUUUCCGGAUUAUGAGAGAUGUGCCUGUGCAACUGUUGAUGGAUAACGCAUCUCUCUUUGAAAAUCUUGGUUCUCGAUUGCGUGAAAGUAACACGGAUCCGAAAAUCCAUCGUCUUCUUUGCUUGAGUGUUUUGAAGUCUAGCGGAUUUGGCGAACUUUUGGCGAGUGCUUGAUCAAUUUCCCCGAAAGUCAAGCUACAUUCGAAAGGAAUAAUGUACAAUUUUUCAAAAGCCUGAAGACAAGUUGGAGGUCAUAUUGCGAACGAUGUACGUCACCAAGCUGUUGGAACUCACUUGUCCGCUCCAGUAUAAAAAUUUGCCGAUUCACGAAGCAGAAUUUCUUGGCCGUAUACUCGUAAAGAUCUUACUCGGAAUCAAGAACAAUUACUUCUCGUACGAUUGCGUCGUCUUGAAGUCGAAUGGCCAGUUUGAAGCGAAGAAACCCGUUGGGGCCGCGUUGAGUUUAACGAGGUCUUUCAUCAAUCAUUCGUGUCUGCCAAAUGCUUGCGUUUUCUGGGGCAAAGGUCGAUCAACCUUGGUGGCCCUGAGGCCUAUUCAUGUCGGAGAGGAGAUCACUAUUUCAUACAUCGACACAGAUUUGAAGGAAACUACGGAAGAACGGCGGGGGAAAAUCGCAAACCUGUUCGGAUUCAAAUGCGAGUGCAUGUGGUGCAUUUCGUCAAACACCAGCCCUGAGGUCAUGUUCCAAACGGAGCCCAACCCGGUAGCCUUCCUGUGUCCGCGUGUACCGUGCAUGGGUGUGAUUCGACGACGAUUAGAAACGUGUCCGAAGUGCGGCGAAGAUCUAGGAGAAUCGUUUUUCAGCAUUCUGCAGUCCAUGACAGGAUUAGCACAGGCCAUUCAGGGAAUAACUGAGAAGCAUAGUUAUUCCAUGGGUCGUGUCAAAUUGAUGACUGGUUUGCAAGUGUUGGGCAACUUUCGAUGGAUGCCGUGUCAAGUGAUUGGAUUAUUCGCUCAAAGUUUACUCGCGUUACGGUUUUGCCUUGAAAUUGAACGUGGAGACAAGGUCUCGAGUGUUGCGUUUGCUUCUUGAAAAUUAUCUUGUACCGUUGAACAAAGAUCUGGGAGAUAUUAUGAGUA